AUGACUCUUUGGGACGAGGGUUAUGUGCCUACCGCAUGGCAAGCCAUUCUUAUGUUUUGGGCCGUAAUGCUGCUUCAUGCGCUUGUGAAUAUAUCUGGUUCGAAAUACCUCGACUUUAUCAACAACUUGGCAAUGUAUUGGAUCGCCACGGCAGUACUCGUCAUUUUGAUUGUGACCUCGGCAAUAGUUGAUCUUAAGAAUGAGGCUUCAUUUGUGUUCGGCCAUUAUGACGCUUUGGUAAGCGGCUGGCCAUCAGGCUGGGCUUUCUUCGUUGGACUCCUUCAGGCAGCUUAUACUCUGACUGGCUAUGGAAUGGUGGCCGCGAUGUGCGAGGAAGUUCAAAAUCCACAUCUCGAAAUUCCAAGAGCGAUGGUCUUAUCGGUUGUUGGGCCAGGUAUUACUGGAAUAAUUUAUCUUCUGCCCGUCCUCUUCGUGCUCCCUCCGGUGGAGAUCCUUCUUGCUGUGAAGAACGGCCAACCUAUCGGGUUUCUCUUCAAGAUAGUCACUGGAUCAGCUGGAGGAGGCUUCGGGCUCCUUUUACUUCUUCUGGGUGUUUGA